AUGAAGACGUCGCAGUUCCGGACGGCCCUGCGCCUCCUGACGCGGCCCAGCACCGCCAUCCAGCAACCCCUCCAGACCCGACACGCACACCAGCAGGCCAGCAAGGUGCCGAUAAUACCGUCGCCGACCCCCUUCGUCCCGGACGUCAAGACCUUCCUCACGCUCAUCGGCCGCGGCCUGAGCUCGCACACGGCCAAGUUCCCCACGUGGGAGGCGCUCUUCUCCCUGACGUCGCCGCAGCUGCGCGAGCUGGGCAUCGAGCCCCCGCGCACGCGGCGCUACCUGAUCCACUGGCGCGAGAAGUUCCGGGCCGGCCACUUCGGCCCGGGGGGCGACAUCAAGCACGUCGAGGACGGAAAGGCCAAGCUGUCGGUGGUCGAGGUCGAGCGGGGUCCGCUGGAUUUCUCCCGGCACGUCGUCAACGUACCUGUGGACAAGAAGCCCGAAGAGGUCCCGGCGGAGGAGAGAGUCGGCGUGGACGGGUAUCACGUCGAGGGGAGCACCGUCGUCGGCCCGUACGCGCUGCCCAUGAAGGGGGGACGCGCCGCCUUGGUCUCCGUUACGGAGGGAAUGUGGGAGGAGAAGAGGGGCCGCAAGGUUGACGGUGGUGAGAGAAGGCGGGCCGAGGUCAGGUUCAAGAGGAGGGUCGCGGAGCGCAAGGCGCAGAGAGAAUCUAUGGGCUUUAUGUGA